AUGAGCCAGGUCAUCCUGCAACUGUUCUGUUACACGGUUCAGCUCUUGAACAUCCAGCUUGAUCCGACCUUUGAGCCAGAUCAGGUUUUCCCACCGCCACCACAUCCUUUCGUGGACUCAAGCGGUGGUCAACGCUUCCUAGUGGCGCGUAUCUUGAACCACCGCAAUGUGAAUGGCGUCCGGACGAGUUACCUCGUUCGCUGGCGUGGCUACCCACCGGCCUGGAACAGCUGGGAGCCUCUUGCUCAGCUGAUUGUUGACAUCCUUGGUCGCGUCGAGCAUUACGACGAGACCCACCCGCUGCGUUUGAAGAAAGGACGUCGGAAAACGACCUCCCCGAACACGAGUACAGGGACCGCAAGGUAUCAAUCCUUUGGCCAUCUCCGAAGAGAUGUGCCCCCUCCAGUAGGGAAGAUUAGGGAGGGAGGCCUCCCUAGGGGCACGGUUCGAAUUGUCCAGGCAACCCGGACACGAAUAACCCUACGAGAGACAGGGUAA